UGCAAAAAGUUGCAAGUCUAGCUCUAGCUGUAUUUAAAAUCCGACUUAUUCCGGUGUUUUUAGUGCUAAAUGCCCUGGUCUAUUUCCACUGUUUAAAAUUCGUGGUACGACCAUGCGGCGGAUUAAUGCAGUCCGGUACUAAUGGAAAGUUAGUAAACAGUAAACAUUGAACAACACGUGCACGGAGCACAGAGUACCGGAGUAGUAGUAGAGGUAGUGUACAAGCGCAAGCCACAGUUUACACAUCGGUAGUUUCACGAAUCGUACCAUCAGAUCAGAGAUUGUUAAAGUACUUAUCUAUUUAGUGACUAGUUUGUUGUUUAUUAUGCAAUAAGAAUGUUGUUCCAAUCAAUGACCGAAAUAAUUGUGUGAAUAGUUUUACUUUGGAGAUUUCUUCAACUGGAAUGUGGUGACAAUGGAACGAAUAUUCAAGAUCAAGAUGAAAACAGAUAGAGUUCCACAAUCGCAGUAUCCUUCCGAACGAAGAUAUUCUGCCUCGAUCGUUAUUGGACUAAGUGUAGUGUACAUGCAGCUGUUUUUGUUUUCAAUAUUGAUGGGAACACUUCUAGUUCACAAAAUGACUGUACAGAAUUCUUCCAACUUGACUUAUCAAAACGAGACUGAAUUAAAUCUAAAUCCCACCAAUAAUAUUACGAAAAUGCUCAGAUCUCCUCCUUUUAAUGAUACUGAAUCCAUUGCAAUGGCCGACUUAUAUGAAACGAUGGAUAAUAAUUUUAAAGAGGUAUCUCAAAGCCUGCAAAACCUUCAGAACGUAAUAGAUGAUCAAAAUGUAUCAAAUAUUAUCAACAUCUCAAUAUUAAUGUGCGCAGGAUGCUACAUCAUGGCGAUAGGAUUUGCUGUAGCUUCAGUAACCGGCAUAUUCGCUUGGAAGCAAUGGUACAUCGAUCAUAAUAUAAAAUUUUUCUUUUUAGCGUCUGCAAUUUCUGUGAUAACUGCGGCUAUUGGACUGCUUCUUUCUCUUAUAACAUGUAUCAUCCUUAACUUUGAUUAUGACAGUUAUGUGUACGAAACUAGCAAAUCGCCAAUCACCUUCAGCUUGGCCAUGAACAUCGUGAUUCUGUCAACUGUUGGAGUUAUCUGGUCAUUUUUGGCAUCGAAAAUAGCAUACGUUGGAGUUAGAUCUUCUUAUCCGGAUGACAUAGUUUUUAAUAGAGGUGGAAGAUGCGUGGAAGUUUCUGUGGAACAUAAAGGAAACAAAUCCGGAAUAGUAUUUCCGCCGGACAUCCUUGAACACUUUCCUUCUGGAGAUAAGCUAACGAAAUAUUUGCCAAAGAAGGAAAAUGGAAAUUUACCAAAGGCUGAAAGUACACUAGAAUAUCAACAACGCGUAAAUAAAUUUCUUUCUGAAGUGCCAGACACUAAUAAAUGAAUUUUGAAUUGUUUUUAGGGUUAGGUUAAUGAAAGUAUUAUUUUUUUAUAAAGUUAGAUUUUUUAAGAUGUAUGUACCUAAUUAAGCAACGACUUUAAUAUGUAAUCAUUAACUCAUUAAAUUCAUCAUCCUCAAAGAA